AUGUCGGAACACGAGACCAAGGAGCCUGUGGACGCUGGUGCUGAGGCCGAGCAUGACCCGCAAUUCGACCCUGUGAUCAAGCUUGAGCACAAGGUUGAAGUCAAGACCAAUGAAGAGGACGAAGAUGUCCAGUUCAAGAUCCGAGCCAAGCUGUUCCGCUUUGACAAGGAGUCAAAGGAGUGGAAGGAGCGUGGCACGGGUGAUGUUCGUAUCUUGAAGCAUAAGGAGACGAAGAAGGUCCGACUCGUCAUGCGCCGUGACAAGACCUUGAAGGUCUGCGCUAACCACUACUUGUCGCCGGAUAUUAAGCUUCAGCCCAAUGUCGGCUCAGACCGCUCCUGGGUGUACAAUGUGACAGCUGACGUUUCGGACGGUGAACCUGCCGCUGAGACCCUGGCGAUUCGCUUUGCCAACUCGGAGAACGCGGAGCUGUUCAAGAAGGAGUUCCAAAACGCGCAAGAAGCGAACAAGAACGCUUCGGGUGAUGCCAACUCGACGAGCUCUGAGGCCAAGCCUGAGUCCAAGGUCGAUCAGGCCACGGAAGAGAAGAAGGAAGAGAAGAAGGAGUAA